AUGUUUCUUUCAGGUUUUCUCAGCGGCUCCUCGGGUCGGAGGGGUUCCUUCAUAUCGGGCAAGUCUAAAUCGUCUAGACAUUCUCCUGAAGUUUCGCCAUCGCGACCUCAAGAUUCCGAUGCCUCCUCUUCUCCUGAAUAUCUCUCCAACGAGUCGCAGCUUCAGUACGCUGCUCCGACGCCCCAAGAUGUGCUCGAAUUAAACAACAACCUCGAAAUGCUCGCCGCCUUGUUUCCCGAUGUUCAAGUAGAGGUCUUCCGGGAGAUGCUUGCAUCAUUUUCCGAGGAGUCGCGGCUAUUUAUCAUCACGGAUAAGUUGCUGAAGAAUCCUGGUUUGUACGUGAAGGGUCGACGGAGAACUGGCGAUGGCACCAGUUCUGACUCGAACGCUCUCGUUCCGCGAACCGAGGCCUUUAGAACGGUAGAAUACAAGAAGGCAGUGCGGGCUCUGGCGAUGCAGGAAUUCAAGGGCCUAUCCAGAUCUUCAAUCGACGCUGUUUUAUCCGAAUCCAACUAUUCGUAUCUCGACGCGCGACCGACCCUUGUAGACCUAUCUUCGAAGUCGUGGAAGUUCACCAUAUCUUCCAUAUUCUUUCGCCGCAAGCCGGUUACGUCUACUGAGGCCGAAACGCACCCCCUUAUAAUAUGGAGAACUUCUGACGAUGGAUCGUUGGUCCCAACUUUGAAGGCGACCGGCAGCGCUGAAUUGGAUAGAGAACUAUUCGAAGAGCUGAUUGUUCCAUUAAAGCAACGCGAGCGGAUCUCGAGGGAAACGAGCGACCGAGCCCUAGCUAUCUCCCUACUUACAGAGGAGGCCGAAGCCAUGGAAGCCACCUACGAGUGUAGCUGCUGCUACUCUGACGUCAUUUUCGAAGAGCUUACUACCUGUGAUGCCGAUGGGCAUUUAGUCUGCUUUCGCUGCGUUCAACAUUCUAUCACCGAGGCGAUAUUCGGACAAGGUUGGCAACGCAGCAUCGACAAAGAGACGGGUACUCUUCGAUGCCCGGCCGUGGCAUCGACGGAGUGCGCUGGUUGCAUUUCGUCCGAGCACAUUCAUCGGGCUUUGCGCGAGGAGAAGAACGGGGAAGAGAUCGUACGCAAGCUUGAUCAACGUUUGGCCGAGCAUGGCCUUUUAUCCAGUGGUUUGCCUCUGAUCCGGUGUCCUUUCUGCACCUAUGCGGAAGUCGAUGAGCUAUAUAUACCGGCUAAUUCGCGUAGGCCUAAGAUCCGUGCAAGCAACCUCAUAAAUAUUAUCGCCUUCUUCAUUUGCUUAAUCUUAUCGCCUUUCUAUUUUCCUAUUAUGACACUAGCGCUUGGCCCUGCCAUACUCUGCUUAAAUGGGUCGUUUAGGGGUUACGUAUCCCGGCACCUAAGAGCGGCCAUCAGCCGGUACCAACGUCGCCGGCGUGGGUUGAAAUUCACCUGCCAGAAUCCGGCGUGUGCUCGAUCAUCUUGUUUGUCAUGCUCGAAAGCAUGGGUGGAUAUUCACAUUUGUCACGAAUCGUCUCUUGUUGCUCUUCGUACGCAAGUUGAACUAGCAAUGUCGAUGGCAAUCAAGCGCGUUUGCCCACGGUGUAACACGUCGUUCGUCAAGACAGCUGGAUGCAACAAAUUAACCUGCCCCUGCGGAUAUAAGAUGUGCUACGUGUGUCGCAAAGACAUCGGCCCACCAACCGAAGGCUACGCCCAUUUUUGCCAACACUUCAGGCCUGAGGGCGAUGGGCGGCGAUGCAAGGAAUGUAAUAAAUGCAACCUAUGGGAGACCGAGAACACCGAAGAAAUUCUUCGGGAAGCCAAAGCAGAAGCCGAAAAGAAGUGGAAAGCAUCCGAGAGGCGCGAGCUCUCUGAUGCUGAGAAGGCGUACCUCGAGGACGGCGUAGGCACCAUCGGCCAAAGAGGUCAAGUCACUAAAGGUUUAGGACAGCUACUGCCAGGCGGCAAGAUUCCAAAUAUCGAGGAGUUCUUCGAUUUCAUCAUAGAGACCUUGUUCGUUUAA